AUGGCAGAUCCCAGUACAGAAGGUCUCCAUCCUGGGCUCCUUGGGAACGAGACUGAAGGUCUGCGUCCUGGCCACCCUGGGAAUGAGACUGAAGAUCUUGACCCCGGCCACCCUGGGAGCAACACUGAAGGUCUGGGCCCUGGCCACUCUGGGAACGAGACAUACAGUAGGGAGGACCAGACAACUGCUACCGGUAAGCACGCCUUUCUAGAAUUGGCUGCUGCAAAACCACCAGACAUUACCGGACAGCAUGGCAGAGAAGAGCAAGCUUCAUGCGCGGGAACUUUUGAUGUGAAGAUUGAGAAGAAUGAUUCCUUGUCCCCAUGUUUACAAACAGAGGAUCCCGACGAAACUCUACUUCAAAACAAGACAACAGACACGGUUGGUGAGAAACCCUACAUGUGUGGUGAGUGUGGGUACAAUACAGCAAAGAAGUCUCACCUAUCCAGACAUAUGAGAACUCACACAGGCGAAAAACCCUUCAAGUGUGACCAGUGUGACUAUUCUGCAGGACGUAAGUCCAGUUUGGACCGACAUCUAAUGAAACACACUGGCGACAAACCCUACAUGUGUGGGGAGUGUGGGUUCAGGACAGCUCAAAAGGCAGACUUAUCCUCACAUAUGCGAACUCAUACCGGUGAAAAACCCUACAAGUGUGACCAGUGCAACUAUUCUGCAGCACUACUAUCCUCUUUAAACUACCAUCUAACAAAACAUACCGGUGACAAACCCUACAUGUGUGGAGAGUGCGGACACAGGACAGCAAAGAAGUCUGACCUAUCCCAACAUAUGAGAACUCAUACAGGUGAAAAACCCUUCAAGUGUGACCAGUGUGACUAUUCUGCUGCACAGAAAUCAACUUUGGACUACCAUCUAUUGAAACACACCGGAGCUCGAGAGAAACCCUACAUGUGUGGGGAGUGUGGGUACAGGGCAGCAAAAAAGUGUACCCUAUCUCAACAUAUGAGAACUCAUACUGGUGAUAAACCCUACAAAUGUGACCAGUGUGACUAUUCUGCUGCACUAAAAUCUACUUUGGACCAGCAUCUAGCAAAACACACUGGAAAGAAACCCUACCUGUGUGACCAGUGUGACUAUUCUGCAACAAAGAAAUCCACUUUACACCAACAUCUAGCAAGACACACUGAAAAGCGAUGGCUGAUCCCAGUUCGGAAGGUCUACGUCCUUGCCACGCUGGGAACGAGACUGAAGAUCUUGGCCCUAGCCACCCUGGGAACGAGACUGAAGAUCUUGGCCCUGGCCACCCUGGGAACGAGACUGAAGGUCUGCUCACUGGCCACCCUGAGGUCAAGACCAGCAGCAGGGAGGGCCAGACAGCAGACGCGGGCCGGCAGCAGGACUGGGAAGAACCAGCUUCAUGCCAGGAAACGUUUGAUGGGAAGGUCAGGAAAACUGGCUCGUCGUCACAUCAACGGGUGGAAAGUCGCAUGCCUGAAGUCAAUACUGAGAAACCCUUCAUGUGUGGGGAGUUCGGGUUCAGGACAGCAAAGAAGUCUCACCUAUCCAGACAUAUGA